GCCUUCCCCACAUUUCACCAUGACUGUAGUACUGUUUGCCACUUUCUCAACCAACGCAUCUCCUUCCAGUUUGUUGUGUCUAUAACAUGUCGGUUGAUUCCAAUAGCAUGAGAUUUGACAAGAUUUACGACCUAGAAGGUCGCAUCGCACUUGUUACUGGUGGGGCGUCUGGAAUCGGUUGGAUGAUCGCCCAAGGUCUCGCAGCCAAUGGUGCCAAAGUCUACAUUGCAGGUCGACGUGAGAAGAAACUGGAGAGUUCAGCACAGUCUUUCCGAGGACAGGGAAGGAUUGUACCUCUCGUUAUGGACGUAACCGAUCGCGAGAGUAUAUCAGCAGCCCAGAAAGAGAUUCAGAAUCGUGAAGGAAGGCUUCACAUACUUGUCAACAACGCAGGCAUUACAGGGCCUGUCUCCCGAUUCUUCAACGAUGUCUCUGCGCCAGAGCACAAAGAUGCUGAAACCCUCGGCCGUGCCUUGUUUGACAACGAGUCCUUCGAGUCAUGGUCAUCUCUCUACCAGUCCAAUACAUUUUCCGUGUACUUUGUUACCACGGCCUUCCUUGGUCUGCUCGCGAAGGGUAGCGAGGAAAAACCAGGAUACACAUCGAGCGUAGUCAACAUCACGAGUAUCAGUAGUCUGAUGAAACUCGCUCAGAACCACUUUGCGUAUAACAGCUCGAAAGCAGCAGUUUCCCAUCUAACAAAGAUGAUGGCGACCGAGUUUGCUCUCAAGAAGAUCCCUGUACGCGUUAACGCGGUUGCCCCAGGUGUAUACGAGUCUGAAAUGACACAUGAUCGUAUUACACCUGACCUUGUGGACAAGGUCGGUCUCGGUCUUCAACCUGUGCCUGAACAACGACCGGGGACUGCGCAAGAGGUUGCAGGAACAGUCAUAUACCUCGCAUCGCCUGCGGGAUGCUAUACCAAUGGUCAGGAGAUUGCAAUCGAUGGAGGGUAUCUGGCAGUCAACCCAUCCCGUGUAUGACGAUAUUCGCGUCUGUGUUCUGUGCGACUAGAACUUGCUUGCUGUAAUAUUAGACAUGUUAGAUGUUAUAUUACCUUCCUGUUACUUAUGAAGCCAGCAAUGUCCUCUCGCGCCCCUUUGUUGUAAGCAAUGACAUGGAAACACCC